AUGUUCACUAACGCGCAAGUCACGCGACAGACGUUCCUGGGCUGCGCCAGCCUCCAGACGGGCGCCGAGGUGAUAUCACUCAUCCUCCUCUUCAACCGCCUCACCGGCCUGUACGGCCUCCUCGCCAUCCUUACCGGCUACGAACUCUCGGUCACUCAGCUCUCGAUGUACCUCUACUCAUUUGGCGUCCUCGUCUGCCUGGCCAUGUUCAUGCCCCACAUCCGCAAGCAGAGCCCAUUCGAGGCGCUGGGGCUCGCGUGGCUCUACAUCAUCGACACGAUCCUCAACAUCGCGUACACGACCUUCUUCGCCGUCGGCUGGUACCUCCACAGCACCGCGCUCGACAAGCACCCUGGCAGCGCAGGUGUCCCCGCCGGGGCUGAGAUCGCCGAGGAGGCGCUCGCCAACGGUGCGCCCGUCGUGCCGGACGUUCCCAAGACGACCAAGCACAUCGGCCCGCAAGAGUCGUGGAUGAGCCUGGGGCUCAUCGUCUCGGUCACGCUGGUGCGCGUCUACUUCGCGCUCGUCGUCAUGUCGUUUGCGCAGAGCGUGCUGCAGAGGUACACGGAGAUGGGCUGGGAGCAGGAGGAGGGCCGCAAGAAGGGUCCCGACGGACCAUUCACCCAAGGCGAGCCCGGCGGCGAGGGCUACCGCGGACGUGUCGGACGCGUGAUGCUUGCCCUUGGCCGUGGCUACUGGCUCGAGGAGAGGCCGCAGGAGGAGUGGGCGAGCGCGAUGAGUGCUAAGUUCAGGCACGCCGUUGUUUAA